AUUUUCUCUAAGCCUCCUCCAUUGCAAGCUUAGCUUCAUCUUCAACAUAAAACACCUCAUAUAAGUCAUACCUUUUCGCAGUUUUUCGUGGAACAGAAUGUGUCCUACAGGGACUGCCUUACACCCAGAAACCACCAAAAAGUCCAGUUUAAAGUCUGCGUUUGAGGUUCUAGACGUUGACCAUGACGGAAAGAUUAGCCAGGAAGAUCUUCGGACGUUCUACGGCGAGUUUCCCAGAGCCAGAGCAUCAGACGACGACGUUAUUGGGUCCAUGAUAUGGUUGGCUGAUUCGAACAAAGACGGGUACGUGGAGUACCACGAGUUCGAGAAGGUUUUGGAUAGCAAGAAAAAUGGUGAGGAGAGGAAUGGAAGGUGGGGAGUUAUGGAAGAUGUAUUUAGGGUGAUGGACAAAGAUGGGGAUGGUAAGGUCGGCCAUGAUGACCUCAAGAGUUACCUUAAUUGGGCUGGCUUUGAGACAAGUGAUGAUGAUAUCAAGGCUAUGAUCAGAUUGGGUGGUGGUGAUGAAAAUGGCGGUGUCACCUAUGAGGGCCUUAUGAAGAUUUUGGCUGUUUGAUAUUGACGAUAAAAGUAGUUGUGUUUUGAGAACAAUUGCAUCAUAGGAAUUGGUUUGGGAGGAUGUUGAUUUUGGUACUUUUGCUUGUACCAGCAGGUUUUUUGAGCAAUUUUAGAUAAAAGAUUGUGUAAAAUAAGAAUGCUUACAUCCUGUUAGCAUUUUCCAUAUCCAGAGAAUCCAAUUGAUUUAUAUAUUUUCGUUUAUUCAAUGUACUUCAGACUCCUGAUAAGUUAGGAAUUUUUACAACUACUUGUAUCUGAAUUUAAAUUCGAGUGUUGAAAGAGGGAAAAAAUUAUGACGUUGAGGUAUCUACUAGACACUGGCCCGAGUAUCAUGAAAUGAACCAGC